UGACUAAAUGCGGUCUGGUCCUACCAAAAAAUCAUCGAAUGUGCCCUGCAGAAUACAUCAGUUCAGAUUAAUUUAGUUUAAUUUUCGUUGAGCCACGCAAAAUAAAAAUAACGUAAGAACCCGCCCGGUAAAGAAGUGAAAGCACACUCCUCAGCUGAAUAAGGGGUUAGUAGCGCUCAGUAAAAAGAGUGCAAGCAAAUACAUGGUGUGACAAUUUCAGCGAAAUGGCCGACAAGGGUGCAGCGCCCCCCGCAGACAGUGAGGCUCCUGCAGAUGCUGCCAAAGAAAAUCACACCACGUUGACUGUGCCCCCCGCUCCAGCGAACAAAGCACCCUCAGAUGCCUCCACGUCCACUGCGGUCCAAGUGGGCGGUGAUGUGGCGGAGGCGGAGCGCUGCUGCUGGAUCUGUUUUGCCACCGACGAAGACAACCGCCUGGCGGCGUGGGUGAAACCUUGCCAGUGCCGCGGCACUACCAAGUGGGUGCACCAGAGCUGCCUCUACCGCUGGAUCGACGAGAAGACCCAAAAGGGCAACGCCCUCCGCUCAGUGUCCUGUCCGCAGUGCCAGACUGAGUACAUUAUUGUAUUCCCCCAGAUGGGCAAAUUCGGGGGUGCCCUGGAGGCGAUGGACAAUCUUAUCAAGCGCCUUAGUCCCUUCCUGGCGGCUGGCUUCUUUGUGGGCUCUCUAUACUGGACAGCUGUAACGUACGGAGCGGUGACUUUCUUACAGAUCGUGGGCCAUGAGCACGGCAUGUCCAUAAUGGAAGCCGGCGACCCCCUCGUUCUGCUCAUUGGACUGCCGGCAAUCCCGGUGGGACUGGUGCUUGGUCGCUUGAUCCGCUGGGAGGAUGCUCUGUUGCGCCUGAUUCGAAACCGCGGCACAGUGGUGCGUAAGUUUCCCUUCGUGAGCCUCAUUUAUCCGAACCUCAACCAAGAUGAAGACCAGCCAAGUACCAGCAAUCCGGCCACACCUGCUCUCUCGGACCCCGUGUCGGCCACGCGUGUGUUCUGUGGCGCCCUUUUGCUACCCACUAUAUCGUCGAUCGUAGGACGGAUUCUCUUUGACUCCGUGGACAACACGUUGCAUCGCACACUCCUGGGAGGUCUCACCUUUAUAACGGUUAAGGGAAUCCUGAAGAUUUAUCUGAAGCAAAAACAGUACGGCCGACGUAAGAAGCGUCGAAUCGUCGACUACACUGAGGAAAACAUUCGGAAUUUCAUGCAUCGCAACAAUAACAAUGCCGCAAAUGCAGCGCGACAAGAUCAGCAGCCCCAGCAGCGACCAGUUCCUCCUGUUCAGCAUAUGGACGCAGUAAUCACUCGUCAACGCGGCGAUAGUGGAGGUAGCGUUGUCUAGAAGUAAUUGGUAUUAAAUCCAAUUUACAGGGUCAACUGUUUUCUACGAGUUAUCGUUUGUUUUAAGUUAAUUGUUUUACCUCUCGCACUUGCAAGGACACUGCAAAGCUCAUUUAAUUUAGAUGGCUGAAAUUGAGGAAGAGUCUGCAGGUAACAAAGCUAAAUUUAUUGUUAAAGUACACUAUGUGUAAAGGCCGGAAAGUAAAUGUAUAUUCAAACUAGACGCCAAUUAGACUUGGCAAAUAUUUUGUUAACAAUAAAGAAAAAUCCGCCAUGUCCUUGCGUAGAUAUAAUAUCGAUAUAGUAUAUAAUGGAUUUAUAUAUGUAUAUGCUUCCAAGCACUUGAUUGGAUACGUUACCCUUUUUGUAAAUUAAAAAGUUGCCUAUGUAAAUAAAAUCAAAUACCGCUGCUGUGGGUGAAUUACAACCGUA